UCACUGUUGCGACUACUCAGCUCUUGGCAAUCAAAUGGCAUUGAUUAAGAAGCAGGGUUGGCAAUGGAAUGCUUCUCGCCUUCCCCUUUAUUGAAACUACGUGCUUAUAAUCAUUACAGCUUUGAUUUAGUGCACAGUUUUGCCCUACGUUUCAAGUACAGCUGAAAUGUUUGCUGGAUGAGAAUGGACGGCUCCUCUGAUGGCUAUUUGGUAGUUUGCAGCUAUACAAUUGCAGUACUGGAUCUCAUCUCCGCGGUGCUCUUUGCAAGUAUCUCGGGCAUGCUAUAUGCACAACACAGUCACUGGACGUCGCUGGCAGCGCUCAUCUUUUCUAUUAUUUGGAUGUGCAUUAUUUUGAUUUUGUUGCUGGGCAUUUACCGGCGACAGUUGAACUAUGUGCGCUACUGGCUGGUUUUCACCUGCUUGGGCAUUAUGCUGGAUGCGAUUCUUUUACUUUAUGGAUUGACACUGGCCGUCUCAAUAAAUUGGGAGGGCGUCAGGAUUACCCUAAUGCCGUUUAUAGGCUUGGCUGUGGAAAUGACUUUUGUGUACAUUGUCUAUAUAUUCUAUUUGGAUAUGAUAGAGCAAGAACAGUGGAUACCGUUGUCUAGUCACAGAUGUAAAGGCGGCUGCAGUCCUAAGAAAAACAAAGAAACUUCCCGUAGCAAUGACACACAACGCAGGGAGCGCAAGCGUCUUAAGAAGAUGUACAAGAGAGAGGAGAAAGCUGCCUUAAAGGAGCUGCAACGCAAGCUCCGUCGGGGUCAAGUCUAA